AUGGCGGGAAAAUUGUUAACCCUCGCGUUGGGCGUGGUCUUACUUGCAUUUGCGUCAUGCGAUACCCUCGAAUUAGAGGAAAGUCUGCCCGAGGAGCAGCCAAUGGAGACUCAAGUGCAAACAAUUGAAAAGAGGCGACUAGAGACGCCCGAAGUCGUUUUGCAGUUGAAAUACGAUGGCGGGGAACUGAAUAGGAUAUAUCUCGCUCAGUUCAGAAAGGGGAUGAAUACUUGGACACCCUCAGUGCCCGCUCGCAAGAACCUCUGUGCGGACCUGUGCCACGCAGGAUUGGGUGGAGAAGUAUGCGGUGCAGCCUGCCACGAUCUGAUACCUAUAGGUCUGCAGAGUGCCCUAACGGAGGCUGUGAACACCACAGAUGUGGCCUACGGCCAUCCAAGAUUUGAAGUAUGCCCUACACUCUGCGACAAUUACCUCGGUGAACCGCUUUGCAAUUGCGCCAAGAAGGAGGAAGAGGUUCUGGACAAGAAUGUGGAUUGGAUCAGAAUCUGCGCGGCUUUUUGCAUUGAAGACCAUUACGUGCUUGGUGGAUGCCCACCCUGCGAGCAGUUAAGUUCCCUGACUCCGAAAUCAUCAGUUUCCUCCCGAACUCUGAACACCGCAGACGGCUGGUCAGCAUGGUGCGAUGCCCAGUGCCGCCAGGGUCAGGGUGGUGCCGCUUGCAACUGCGAUCGAACUCCAUUCCAGUAACAUCACAGAUUAGUAAUCCAACCGUGAUGUAACAUUACAAAUUGAUCAGUUGUAAUGUAAUGUUACACUUGAUCAUUUGUG